UCAAGCAGUGGGCGGAUGGCAGCAGCGGCGCUCGUGUUUACUCGUCUCCAGACCCAGAGAGGAUCCUGCUUGGCCCACCAGAUUCUGAUUCAGGGUCCUCCUCCUCCGCCUCCUCCUCCUCCUCGUCGCCCAUCCCUGGCUGCCAAGUCUUGCCAAAAGCUUCGGUGGGUUGGGGGGUGGGGAUGUGACCGCCCUCUUUCGCGCUCGCCUGGCCAUCCCUGCAGCUGGCAGGGACCUCCCCGCUCUCGCAAGGACAUCCGAGGCAAUGUUGACGAGGCUCAGCUCGGCUCGCUCCUCAAUAACUGUCAGCGUGGGUCGCCUGGCGAGGAGUCAGCCAAACACAGCAGCCUCCUCGCGAGGCGCGGGCGGCGCCGGGAGGUGCUGCUGUUGCUGCCGCUGCUGUUGCCGUCGCCUAGUCAAGCUGGGGAGAAACUAGACCCCCCACCCCGCUCCUCCAACUGCCCCCCUUCCAUUUCUUCUGGAGCACCUUGACCCUCAAGGAUGGAGAGGCACCGUCUAAGCUCCUAGUGGCUCCAGCUGCCCGGGAACAAGCCAGGGACCUCUUGGCCGUCCGGGGAGGGAGGGAGUGGGGAGACCCACCGGGCGCUUCUCAGAUGGUGAGGGACCCCACGCAGCCUCGGUGAUCCAGGUCCGGAGGAAGCGUCCCACGUCGGGGAUCGGAGCUUUCCUCCUGCCCAACGCCUGAUGUGCUUUCUGCAGGCGCUUCUUCUCUUCCUCCUCGGACGUGUCUCCACCAGCCGAGGGGCAUGGCUGGCUGACGCGACCCUCCCGUGGACCAGCAGCUUGCUUGACCAGCUUAGACAAUUGGGGGGGAAGUGGGGGAGGGGAAGGGGGUAAGGAAGAGGGCUGUGGAGCACCUCGGACCACCUGUCAGACCUUCCUCGGAUCCGGAGUCCCUCUGGGAUCGAGGGAAAGAUCGCUUUGCACUUGGGGGGUCGUGGGGGUUGCCUUAUGGGAGACGUGGAGGAAAAGCGGGAUAUGCCUUGCAGCGCGCGGAACUGGGAAUAAGGAACAGCCAACAGAGGGGAAAAGAAGAGAAUAUCCGUGGUUUGCUCUCCCUCACCUCAGAUACCUCCUCCUCCCCUUUGCCUGAACAUCUCCUGCAACCUCUUCCUCCUCCUCCCCCUCUGGGUCUGCUGCACUUUCUCCCCUCGCUUGGCUGCGCUGCUCGGAUCAUGUCCGCUAAGCUUCUGGUGGGCUUCUUCCUCCUGUCCGUUUUCCAAGCCUGCUCAAGAAAGGUUGAAGAGGAUGACUUUGAAGAUUUCACGACAAACCAAAAAUGGGUAAUGUCUCCAAAAACGCAUGACACUGACGUGACACUGUUGUUAAACAAGUUGCUGAGAGAAUAUGAUAAAAAGCUGCGGCCAGACAUUGGAAUGAAACCAACUGUCAUUGAUGUUGACAUUUAUGUUAAUAGCAUUGGCCCCGUGUCAUCAAUAAAUAUGGAAUACCAAAUUGAUAUUUUUUUUGCUCAGACAUGGACUGACAGCCGCCUUCGUUUUAACAGCACCAUGAAAAGAAGUCUCACCCUGAACAGCAAUAUGGUUGGGUUAAUAUGGAUCCCAGAUACUAUCUUCAGGAAUUCUAAAACUGCAGAAGCUCAUUGGAUUACUACACCUAAUCAGCUCCUGAGAAUAUGGAAUGAUGGGAAGAUCCUGUAUACUCUAAGGCUUACUAUCAACGCUGAAUGUCAGCUGCAGCUACACAACUUCCCAAUGGAUAAACAUUCAUGCCCACUGAUAUUCUCCAGCUAUGGCUAUCCUCAAGAAGAAAUGAUUUAUAGAUGGAGAAAAAACUCAGUAGAAGCUGCAGACCAGAAAUCCUGGAGACUCUAUCAGUUUGACUUCAUGGGUCUCAGAAAUACCUCUGAUAUUGUGCAAACAUCUGCAGGUGAUUAUAUAGUCAUGACUAUAUACUUCGAUUUAAGUAGAAGAAUGGGAUACUUCACUAUUCAAACAUACAUUCCCUGUAUAUUAACAGUUGUCUUAUCCUGGGUAUCGUUUUGGAUUAAAAAGGAUGCCACACCAGCAAGAACAGCCCUAGGUAUCACCACCGUAUUAACCAUGACCACUCUCAGCACCAUUGCAAGAAACUCCUUACCCCGUGUGUCCUACGUCACUGCCAUGGACCUCUUUGUGACUGUGUGCUUCUUAUUUGUGUUUGCCGCUCUGAUGGAAUAUGCCACCCUCAACUACUACUCGAGUUGCAGGAAGCCACACUGCACAAAGAAGAAAAAGUCGCUACCUGAUGUCAGUUUCGGGCACAUGAUGAACUAUUCUGUGCUAGAGAUGAGGCCUCCUCCUACAGUCAUCGCAUUGAAUAAUGCCAUGUACUGGCAAGAAUUUGAAGACAAUUGUAUCUAUGAAUGUCUGGAUGGGAAGGACUGCCAGAGCUUUUUCUGCUGUUACGAAGAAUGUAAAUCCGGUUCAUGGCGGAAAGGAAGGAUACACAUAGACAUCUUAGAACUAGACUCUUAUUCAAGGGUCUUCUUCCCUACAUCAUUCCUGCUGUUUAACUUGGUGUACUGGGUUGGAUACCUCUAUCUCUAGAAAUGGUGAAGGAAACUGUGUUUUCACACUUCUUAGGGAUGGAGAACAUGUGGAAGAUAAGGACCUGGCCAGUGUCAUCGCACAGAGUAAAGGUCACCUUACGCUUUGUCAUCAGAGAAAGAGAAGAUUUUAUUUACACCUUUGCCUGAAAAAAACAACAACAAAAUAAAAUAUUCAUUUCAAGUAUGAGAUUAUUAUUAUUAUUUUGCUAAGUACACCAGACACUAUUGUAUAACAAAUGUUUAUUUAUUGUUCCUACAUAAUGGAGGAUUUGCUGGUGUGUUUUUUUCCUGGGUUACCAAUUGCUAUGUAGCAUUCAGGCAAGAAGGCUGAAGACAAGUACUCAUUCAUACAUUAUUCCCACCAACUUUUAAAUACAUUCUGGGAGCAAAUGUUUAUUGGUGUGGACUAUCUAUGAUGUUCAUUGAAAAGCCACUGGUAUUCGUUUCAUGGGAUUUAUAAUAUUUUUGUCUUGGUUUUAAUUUGAGGUUUUUUUUAAAAAAAUGUAUGAUUGAAUUGAAACCUAAACAUUUGCUUCUCAUGAAUAUAGAGGUGUUGGUGUUACUAAUGUAGCACCCCUUUAAUACAAGUUGUGAAAUUAAUCUGACUGGUCGAACACUGCAGGAAAUUAUUUCUAGAAUAACGUACUUGAAUCUUGAUAAGGCUUAGCUUGUUUAUGGUAGUGUAGCAGAUUGUAGCUGAUUGGGUGUACGGUUCACUAUAUAAUAGCACUAGGAGGAUGUGAUUAAUUGCAGGCUACCAUUAAGUUUCUUCCAUACAUUAGAGUUUCUUUUUCAUGGAUAUUUAGGAGUGAGGGAAAGCUACUUGAUCCAUCCUGUUUUGUUUUAUUCUGCCCGUGCAGAAUAAAACUCAUGUACCUCAGAGUGCAAUUCUAUACCUGAGUUAUGCUAGCUGACUGGACUUAGGAAGUGGCAAAAACGCCACUCUGACAGUGGAGAUGACGUCACACCAACAGAUGACCAACAUAAAUGUGAGUAUAGAAUCGCUCUGCUUAUCACCAUUCCAUGUCAGCUCACAUGUUAUCCCUUGCACAUUCAAGGGCCCCCAUUCAUUCCACUGGAAAGCCCUAAUCUGUAUGUGCUAUCCUUUGAGUUCAUGAAUUGGAUAAGAAUGGGGGGAAGUGCUUGUUAGUCAGGGAAUUCCACACACUUUGGAGUAGCAGCACUGGUAAGCAUUCCUCUGUAUUGGCACAACAGAAGCCUUAUGUGUUCAAACAGGAUUUUCUUGGGAAAUAAGUGAAAUACUGCAGCUUCAGUUGUAAUAAAGAGUGCAUUUUGAAAAGUUAUUAUGGAUUAAGAGAUAUUGGGAUUUUUUAAAACUACUAAUAGAUUUUAAACUGGAAAUGUGUUUUGUACUUUUGGUACACAGACAUUAAAUUGCUGAAAGUGUCACAUUUUUUUGUGUUGUGCAAACUGUUCAUUAUUGUGAAGCCCUUCAUAUCCCUUCCAAGAGUCCUGUAUAAAUGUGCCAAAAUAUCUACAUUUUCUUUUUUAAAAGUUUUAAGUAUUACUUCUGUCAAAAAAAAUCCACCAACUUUGAAUAGAACGGCAUUUUCAAAAGUGUACUCUCAAUACCAUCAAAUGCCUUUUUCUGUCAAUUUGUACCCUUAAUUUUGCUAAUUCCAAAAUGGAUAUGAUUGCCUGUGGUGCACAGUUCAUAUUGUUCUAUUUAUCUUCAUUUUCUUCUGAAAUUGGGAAGGCGAGAAUGAGUCUCAAGAGCAUGUUGGAAACAAUAGUAUGAGAAAUAUAGGAAAUGGAAUUUUCUUGAUUUUUUUUUAAGGAAUGAAUACUUAAUUUGAAACACUGUAAAAAAAAUUGCAAAAUUAAGUGAAGUUCUGACAUGGAAGCAAAGAAAAUUAAGGGAAGAGCCACAGCUCAGUGGUAGAGCAUUGUGGUCAUUUUGCAUACAAAAGGUCCCAAGUUCAAUGUGGCAUCUUUUCAGGGUUUUACACAGGACCGACUCCCAUGUGAAACCCUAGAGAACCAUUACCAGUCAUGGGAAAUGAUACUUACUAUUGGUCUGACUUGGUAAAAAAGCAGCCUCCUAUGUUUCUAAUAUGUUAAAUGAAUUCAGUUUUUGAAAGCAAAACUCCAUCACAAGGAUAGAGUGUAGCUUAACAUGUACAAUAGUCCUAAUUAUCUAGCUGGCUGGUUCAAGAAUUUAGGAGUGCACUUCACUCUGUCCUAAGAUACUCUGAAAUAUUUAUCUUAGACCAAAAUAUUAAUUUGUUUGGGUUAUGCUACUGUUUGUUUGUUUUUUAAAAAAAGAACCUCAAAAGACUUCAGCCUUCUCUUCUUAUGUAGGGUUGUGGAUGGGGAGGUGUUUUUGAGUUCAGUUCAUAUUUUUCUAAAAGCUGUGAAAUGUAGAAGAGUCUACACAUAUGUGUACUAAAAGUCAUGGACCUCUGGUAAGAACAACGUGAGCUAUCAUUGCAAAAACAAAGAAAUAACAAAACACACCCCUGAAUUGCUAACAUAAGUAUGAAAACCAAGCUAGUUAUUGCCUAGCAACAGAUCCUGCAAACACUCUAUCCAAUGAAAAUCUGUGCAUUUCAGUGGACCACAUUAGAUUCUGAUCAUUGGUAACUGCACUGAGCCUUUCUUUGAAAAAGUACAAAAAUGUAAUCCAGCUCCAUGACCUUCAACGGGAAGUUAGACAUUCAUUUCUAUAGGAGGGCAGUAGUGAAGCUGUGGCACUUCAGAUAUUGCUGGACUAUAAAUCUCAUCAUCCCUGACCAUAAGCUAUGCUGGCUGGGGCUGAUGGGAGUUGAAAUCCAACAGCAAAUGUAGGGCCAAAGGCUUCUCACCUCUGUUAUAGAAGGGGGAAAGCCACACUUUCCCCCCAAUUACAUAAAAAUAUGUAAACAGAACUCUCAUUUUAUAGGACAGUACUUUUAUAGUCUAGAAUUAGUUUUCUAUGGGGAUUCAGUCACAAUACCGUGCCUUAUCUGGACAAUUAAUUGUGUAAUUAACAAACAACAUCAUUUGCGGCUUAAAAUGCUCUUUUACCAAAGUACCUCAUCUGAUCAGAAGUGACUGAUUUCCUAACUUUGGCCAAAAAAAAAACAAACCUCACAGAAAUCUUGGGCUGCCUGGGUGGUAAAGAUCUUACCCCUGUGCCACACAUUCAUGCAAGACAGUUAUUCUAUCUUGUUACAAAACAAGUGUGUUAUGAAAAUAGUGCAGACAAUACAUCUACAGGCCAACGUUUCAGGGGUCUGAAAGUCUCUUAAACCAAUUUCCUUAGGAAAAUUGGCUUUAAAUUUUCAUCCUUCACCCUAUGAAUCAUUAAGCAUGGCAAAUCUAAAUUCGUACAGAUAUAUAACCUAAGUGUUUAAUAUAACCAAAUGUAGACAGGAAUCCUCAUCCUCAAAAAUUCAACAAUGCUUCCAAAUACAGGUGGAAGCCAAUGAUAGUAUCUGGAGAGAAUUAAACUACAGUGGUACCUCGGGAUGCGAAUGGGAUCUGUUCCGGAGCCCCAUUUGCAUCCUGAACGCAACGUAAGCCGUGACAGCGCGUCUGCAGGUCGCAUUUUGCCGCUUCCACGCAUGUGUGUGAUGUCAUUUUGAGCGUCUGCACAUGCGCGAGUGGCAAAACCCAGAAGUAAC